CAGAGCCGACCCCGAGCCAGCGCAGCCCGGUCCCGCUCAGGUACCGCCGGGACCCCGCGCCGCCCCCGGCUGCGGCACAGGCAGAGAGCGGGGCCGGGGCAGGACGAGAAGAGGGCUGCUAUCUGGAGCCGGAUCCCAGCGCGACCCCCCCACCGAGUCACCGUCCCCGUGUCUCCCGCAGCCGCUGCCGCCGCCGCUCGUCCCGUCCCGUCCGGCCAUGCGAGCCCCGGCCCCGCUGGCGCUGGGUUGCGUCAGCUUCGCGCUGUGCCUUCUGGAGCUGCCCCACGGCCGGGCCCUGCCGCCGCGCAGGCCCUCCCCGGCGCGGAGCCCCCCAGAGCGGAUUCCCGCUCUCCCCGGAGACCCCCCAGCCCCGCAGCCCGUCGGGACCCUGCGACACCGAGCUCCGGUUUCCCGGCACGGCCCGUGGGCCGCCCUCCGGCACCGCCCGCCCGCCCCGCGGUCCCCCCCGUGGCACGUCCGGCGCCUCAUCCUGCGGCGGGACCCCCGGCGGGACCCCCGGCCCGGCCGGGACCGCCGGCACGUCGGGGCACACCUGAUGCGGGUGGGCUGCGUGCUGGGCACCUGCCAGGUGCAGAACCUGAGCCACCGCCUGUGGCAGCUGCGGGGACAGUCGGGCCGCCGCGACUCGUCCCCCAUGAACCCCAACAGCCCCCACAGCUACGGCUGAGGGGGGGGCGCGCCCCCACCCCGCGGGACCCCCCAAGCACCGCCGCGGGCUCCUCCGCGCCGCCGCCGCCGCCCCGGGGGGCUCCGGGCACCGCGAGCCCCUGAUGGAGCCCCGGGGUGGCCAGGGACGGACAGGAGCUGCAGCGGCGCCCUGGGGACUGCUGGUGGCCCGUGAUGACCCAGAGGGGUCGUGGUGGCCGGCGGUGGCCCACAGGGACUGGCGGUGGCCCAGAGCGACUCACGGUGACCGGCGCUGGCCCGUAGUGACUCUUGGUGGCUCAGAGUGGCCCCUGGUGGCCGGUGGUGGCCCGUGGUGACCCAUGGUGGCUGGCAGUGGGCAGGCUGUGCGGGGCGGGUCCAAGGGCCAGCGGGAAUCCCGCUGACCGCAGCAGCACCGGCACCUUGUGCAAGGCCCUCCGGCCGCGCUCCUGCUGACUCAGCGCUCCCGUGCCCGCCGUGGCACCCCCGGAGCCCCCCCAGGGCACCCCCAGCGCCCCAGUCCUUCCCCACGGUGACACUGGGGGUGGGGGCCCGGCAAGGACAGGGCACAGGGACCCCGCUCCGGGCUGGGGGAGCCCCCAGCACCUUCCCCACGUGGGGGUCCCACCUGGGGCUGGCACCUUCCUGGGUGCUGGGGGGGCCCUGCCCUCCUCAGCGUGAACAUUGUCCCCUCCCCUGGCACCUUGUCCCAGCCUGUGUCACCCACAGCCCGGCAGGAGCUGGCCGUAGGGAGAUGUCCCCAAAUGUGGGGGGCCGUGGAAAGGUUGGGGCCUCGUGCCCCACUGCUGCCUGUCCCAGACCUGUCCCCUGCUGCACCCUCGGGGACACCCCCCGUCGUGUCCCCACAGGCUUAGUGGGCGCCCCCAUGGGCUGGUGGCCCACGGACAUGAGGGGACACGUGUGACAUCCCUUUCACCCCGGCUGUCACCCCCCAGAGCUGUCACCCCACGGCCCGGUGGGACAGGGAUGUGUGACCCCAGGUCACUGUGCCACCCCCCCUCCUGAGAGCAGCUUGAGCAGCCCCCCAAGAGCAGCAGCCCCAUUUCCUCCAGAACCGCCCUGUCCUCCCAGGGCACCCCCAUUGCCAGAGCACCCCCAUUCCCGGGGCACCCCCAUUCCCAGAGCACUCCAUUCCAAGAGGCACCCCCAUUGCCAGAGCACUCCAUUCCCGGGGCACCCCCAUUGCCAGAGGACUCCAUUCCAAGAGGCACCCCCAUUGCCAGAGCACUCCAUUCCCGGGGCACCCCCAUUCCAAGGGGCACCCCAUUCCCAGAGCACCCCAUUGCUGGGAACACCCCCUUCCCAGGAACACUCUAUUCCUGUGAACGCCCUCUUCCCAGGAACACCCCAUUCCCAGAACACCCCCAUUCCUGGGAACACCCCCAUUCCUGGGAACACCCCAAUCCUCCCGGGAGCUCCCCACCCCCAUUCCCCAGAGGACCUGGGUGUCCCGGCAGGUUCAGGGACAGGAUGUCCCCGGCUGCCACACGGACGGAGCUGCCCCUCGGUGUCCAUCCCCUGGGUGUCCCAGUUUCAGCACAGGAUGUCCCAGGAAUGUCUCAAGUGUCCCCUGGGUGUCCCAGGACGUUCUGGGGUGGGAUCCCAUGGAUGCCACCAGGAGCCCUGUCCACCCCACGGGUGUCCCAGGACUUCCCACACCCCGUGGAGCUGCUGAGGGACACUGGGGGACCUGAAGGGCACAUGGGGUCCCCAGGCCUUUGUCCCCUCCCCUGGGUGCCCCCGCUGAGCCCGGUGGGUGCCCGACCCACCCUGGCCCAGGUCGCCGCUUCCCGGGAAUCCUGGUUUGCGUGGAAUAAACAAAACGUGUGAGGAGGAGGA